GUUAAAUGCAGAGAGCAACCCUCCGCGGGGUGUCAGUGUCUUGCGUGAAGAAUCCAAGACGCAGUGAUGGAGAUCCUCUCCGCGUUUGUCUCCGCGGCUCUCGUCUGCCUGGUCAACGGCGGGGCCCAUACUGAUAUACACUGGACGUACCAAGAGGGAGCCUUGGAUCAGAAGCACUGGGCAAACAAAUACCCAGCAUGUGGAGGAAAGAAGCAGUCACCAAUUGACAUCCAGCGGAGCAAAGUCAAAUACGACCCAGGCAUGUUGCAGCUGGAGCUGAGCGGGUACGAUGCUCAGAAGGGAAAUUUCCGCAUGACCAACAACGGGCACACGGUUCAAAUCGACCUGCCUCCCUCCAUGAAGAUCACCAAGGGCCUCCCGAACGAGUUCACGGCCGUCCAGUUGCACCUGCACUGGGGUGGCCAAGACCAGGAGGAGAGCGGAGCCGAGCACACCAUAGACGGUGUCCGCUACAUGGCGGAGCUCCACAUUGUUCAUUACAAUUCGGGCAAGUACAAGAACUUCACUGAGGCCCAAGAUAAGCAUGACGGGUUGGCAGUGCUCGCUUUUGUCUAUGAUGACAGUCACUAUGAGAACACGUAUUACAGUGAUUUCAUAUCAAACCUGGGGAAAAUCAAGUUUGCAGGUCAGUCCAUGUACAUAUCCGACAUCAACGUGCGCUCCAUGCUCCCAGAGAACCUCAACGAUUUCUUUAGAUACGAAGGCUCCCUCACGACUCCCCCCUGCCAUGAGAGCAUCAUCUGGACUGUGUUCGACACGCCCAUCACUCUGUCUCACAAUCAGAUCACGAAACUGGAGCGCAGUCUGAUGGACCUGGACAACAAGACUCUGUGGAAUGACUACCGCAUAGCUCAGCCGCUCAACGACCGUGUCGUUGAGUCCUCUUUCCGGCAAAAAAAAUCUUGUCUGCAAGAUGUAAUCGAAUAUAGGUUCCAGAAGAUUGAGGGUCUGAUAACGUCCCUCAGAGACAUGUAUUCAGGAGGCCACCCCAGAUCAAGGCAUUCAAAAUACGAUCACAGUGACCUCUUUCCCCUGGUGCUGAACUUCGAGGAUAGAAAUACUCAAAGCUACGCGUUGGCUCACCUCAGCCACCUCAUAGAUCUGGAUGCCUUCACGGUCUGCAUGCAUGUUCUCCUCAAGGCUGGGGGGGUCCACACCGUCAUCUCCUAUUCCAGCGGCGGCCAUGACAACGAGCUGAUGGUCUCCAUCAGCCAGGACACCAGUGCAAUGGAGGUGGGCCUUUGGAUCGGCAACGAGUUCGUCAACAUGCCACACAAUACGAAGACCCAGGACUGGGCCAACUACUGCAUCACCUGGUCGUCCCACUCGGGUGGGGUGGACCUGUGGAUCAAUGGCAUGGUGGGGGAGUCGAGGCACCUGCAAAGCAGCUACAUAAUCAGCCAUGGCGGUACGUUCAUCCUGGGCAAAGACCAGGACGGCUUUCUGGGAGUCUCCAACGCAGACGGCUUCGUGGGCAAGAUGACCGACGUCAACGUGUGGGACUAUGUGCUGACCAAAGCAGAGAUCCGAGACCAGUUUUUGUGCGGGAAGAACAGCACUGUGGUGGGGAACAUGUUGAGCUGGGGAAGCAGCAAAUUCAGCAUGUACGGGGGCGUGCAGCUGGACAACCAGUACAGAUGCUCCUGAGAGAGCUCCAAAUUUUUUAACAAAUUCUGCAGAAAUAUUCCAAAAUCAACACUUUCCGUGUGAAUUAGGAGAUUUUUUUUGGGAGUCAACUGAUAUUUGGAGGUAAUUUAAACAUCACAUCAGAACAUAAGUAUGAAACAUUACCCUUAUCGUAGGCACAUACACAAAGAUUUGGAAGAUAAACCUUCAUACCGUCCAUCAAAUGUGUUCAUCCAACAACAUAAACAGCUGUUGUUGGAGUAUAUGGGCUGAAAUAUGUGGAUUCAACCGUCUUGUGCUCUGGAUUUGAAAAUGUGGCCACAGUUCCCCCGGGUUGUGUAAAUCAUCAGUGCACGUAAUGAAGGAAUGCACCGUGUAGGAGGCGUGGCCUUAAUAUCCUGGUAGAGAGCAGUGUGUUAUGUGCAUAUGUUGAAUGGUAUAAAGUGUAUAUGCAUGAAAUCUAAUAAUCUUUGUCACAAAAAUGCUAUAAUAAUUAUUUUAAGCUGUAAAACCAAAGUCUAUUCAUGUUCCUUUAAACUCCAGUUAAUUCCCAAAAAUUUUCCACGGAAAGUUUCUAAACUUUGCAACCCUACCUCCUGAAAACCCUUCUCCCCUUGUUUUAAAAUAAGCUUGCAAAGCUGCAAAACCCCAAAACAUCACAGCUGAUGGUGUGAGCUUUUUUUAAAAAAUGUUUAUUAAGGAUAAAAUGCUUGUCGGGCUCUUGCAGUUCAGUACUGAGAAUGUGUGUCAUAGCUUCAUCCAUCCAUGCAUUCAUGUCUUUGCAUUAUAAAUAAAGACCUAAAUGAAAA